ACGCUCACUACUUUACACUGUUAUACAAGCUGAACGCUCACUACUUUACACUGUUAUACAAGCUGAACGCUCACUACUUUACACUGUUAUACAAGCUGCACGCUCGCUACUUUACAUUGUAAAGCAAAGUGUCGUUUGUCGUUUGUUCAGUGUUGAACAUGAAAAGAUAGAAUCAGAUAUUUACAAACAUGUGAGGGUGAACUCACUCUGUGAGAUCCUGUAUACGUAUGUAUUUGCUGUGUAUAUUAAACAUAUAGAUCACAUGUUCAACACACAUUCGUUUUACCGCCGACUAAAUGAUGUUUGUGAUUUAUCCCCCCCUCCGACAGCGAUGAGUCACCUGAAUGGCCAGCGUCUCCAUGGUAACGUGAUUCGGGUGAUGCUGUCCAAACACCCGGUGGUGCAGCUGCCUCGCGGGGGAGCGGGGCAGGAGGAACAGGCGCUGACCCGGGACUUCUCAGGCUCCGCCCUCCACCGCUUCAAAAAACCCGGAUCCAAAAACUUCAACAACAUCUUCCCGCCGUCGGCCACGCUGCACCUGUCCAACAUCCCCUCCGCCGUCAGCGAGGACGAGCUGAAGGACGUGUUCACCUCCAGCGGCUUCACGGUGAAGGCCUUCAAGUUCUUCCAGAAGGACAGGAAGAUGGCGCUGAUGCAGCUGGCGUCUGUGGAGGAAGCCAUCGAGGCUCUGAUUGCUCUACACGACCACCAGCUGGACCACAACCAGCACCUCCGAGUCUCCUUCUCCAAGUCCACCAUCUGACCCCUGACCUUCGAGUCUCCUUCUCCAAGUCCACCAUCUGACCCCUGACCUUCGUGUCCACCAUCUGACCCCUGAACUUUGUGUCCACCAUCUGACCCCUGACCUUCGAGUCUCCUUCUCCAAGUCCACCAUCUGACCCCUGAACUUUGUGUCCACCAUCUGACCCCUGACCUUCGAGUCUCCUUCUCCAAACCCACCAUCUGACCCCUGACCUUCGAGUCUCCUUCUCCAAACCCACCAUCUGACCAACCAGACUUCAAGGCUUCUGAUUGGCUUAUGGCAGGAACAAUCGGACCAAUACGAAACCUCCCGUUGCCACCGAGCUUUCUGUGCCUACAAACACUCUGACAUCACGGUGACAUCACAGUUACGGGCGAUGACACGAGGAGGCGUUGCCAUGGUUACAGAGCACAUUCCUGAGCAGACUGAAUGCCCAGUAGCAAAUGGCAUCGUGGGUAGUGGAGUCCCAACAAAAAGUUCAUGAUGUGAGUGGAACUUUUUAUUGUCUAAAUGUUAAAUUAAUGUGAUCUUUAUAAAGUUAAAAUGAGGAUUUUCAAAAUAAAACCUGCUGUUUCUCCAAAAGCCCAAACUGAUGGAAAGAUCUAAUAUAUAUUUUGUUUUAAUAUUUAAAGUUAGCAUGGACAAAGUUCGGUCUUGUAAAGUUUCAUAUUUCACUGUAACUUUAUUUUCCAUCAUGACAUUAAUGUUUUUAUUAUUUCUUCAAAGUUUCACUGAUUUUCUGAACGUUUUGAGUCUUCAGUGCCUUUCUCAUCGGCACUUUCUGCCACCGUCUGAUUGGCUGAAGUUGUUGUUGUUGUUGUUACUAUUAUUACUGUAGAUGUUUAGGUGGCUGCGAUCUCAACCUUCCUCUGUGCCUUAUUUUUCUGGAUCCUGCUGGGUUUUUUACGUGGCGUCCGUUGGAGGGCUGGUGGCGGGUCUUGUUGAUCUGACUUUGGGUUUGUUUUGUAGAAUUUUUUCACUUAGUUAAAAAUAUUUUUUGUCACACGUCGUACUGUUGGUAAAUAUUUUUUGGGAAGGUUUUUUAAUCAUGAAUGUAUUUAUACUGUACAACAUGAGAUAGGUAAUGCUUUAGACGUCCCGCCCACCUGUCGUACCUGCGUGUGUGUAUUUAUAUAUUGUGUGUGUAUAUCUGUGUGUGUGUUUAUAUCAAGCUGAGCUGUGAUUGGUUCAUCUUCAAAUGUCCCUCCUUCUUUUUUUCUAUUAAAAAUAUAUUUAAUUUAAA